CUUUCAAACUACUCUGCAUGUGAUGCGCACUGCGCCCACUCUCCCUUCUCGAAAUUCCCACUACUCAAGAGUCAGCCCCCCUUGCUUUCUCUGCCACGUUCACGGGCACACACUGUGCGCACUACACCCCCAAUGCGCACCUUAGCGUCUCUUAUUUCAAAUUCUUCAUAUAACAAAAAGCCACACUGAUCAAAAAACACUUCACUCACUCCCUCAAAAAAGUCUCUCUCUUUCUUAUUCUCUCUGCGUUAUUUUCGAUGGCGAAUCGUGCGGUUCUGCUGGUUUUCUUGGUGGUGGCUAGUUACUUCGUUGUUGUGAUGAAUGGGUCGGGUGGGGCUUUGUCGUUGUCGUCUUCGAAGCUGAUACACCGGUACUCCGAGGAGGCGAAGGCGUUGUGGGUUUCGAGGAGUGGGAAUGUGGAUGUGAAGUGGCCAAAGAAGAACAGCGUGGAGUACUUGGAAUUGCUUGUGAGAAACGACUUGAUGAAGAAGAAGACAAGGCAAAACGUGAAGCUCGUUAACCACUACGACUUGCUUUUCCCUUCCCAUGGCAGCCAAACCUUGUUCUUCGGCAAUGACUUAGCUUGGUUGCAUUACACAUGGAUUGAUAUAGGAACACCGAAUGUGUCGUUUAUGGUAGCGUUGGAUGCUGGAAGCGAUUUGCUUUGGGUCCCAUGUGAUUGCAUUAAUUGCGCUCCCUUCUCUGCUACUUAUUACAAUAACACUAUGUUGGAUAAGGAUUUGAGUGAAUAUAACCCAUCUUUAUCAAACACCAGCAAGAAUCUACCUUGCAGCCAUCAUUUAUGCAAACUGGGUACCAAUUGCAAAGGUCCUAAGGAGCCCUGUCCAUAUAUUGUUGAUUAUAGCUCAGAAAACACAUCAACUUCUGGAUUUUUGGUUGAGGACAAAUUGCAUUUGGCAUCGGUUAGCGAUCAUGCAACAAAAAAUCAUGUGCAGGCUUCAGUCAUUUUAGGCUGUGGCAGGAUACAAAGUGGUAGUUAUUUGGAUGGAGCUGCUCCUGAUGGUGUUAUGGGACUGGGACUUGGGGACAUUUCAGUUCCAAGUUUGCUUGCAAAAGCAGGACUGAUUCAAAAUUCUUUUUCAAUUUGUUUUGAUGAGAAUGAUUCUGGGAGAAUUCUUUUUGGGGAUGAAGUGUUUGCCACCCAACAAUCUACUCCAUUCUUGCCUUUUGCAGGAAAAUCUGAUGGCUAUUUUGUUGGACUAGAGCAUUAUUGUGUUGGGAGUUUCUGUCUCAAGCUAACCCAAUUCCAAGCUUUGGUUGACAGUGGCACAUCCUUCACAUAUCUUCCAACAAAAGUCUAUGAAAAAAUUGUUUUCGAGUUUGACAAGCAAGUGAAUGCUACCAGGAUUCACCUCCAAGAAAGUCCCUUUGAGUACUGCUAUAAUGCCAGUUCACAAGAGUUGCAUAGCAUUCCUAGCAUGAGACUCAUGUUUACCACGAACCGAAGCUAUCCAAUCCAUAAUCCCUUAUUAACUGACUCUGAGAAUCAGGCAUUUUCUGACUUUUGCUUAACUUUACUACCAACGGAUGGUGAAUAUGGUAUUAUUGGACAGAACUUCAUGAAGGGUUAUCGCUUGGUUUUUGAUAGGGAAAAUUUGAAGUUGGGCUGGUCAAAAUCCAAUUGUCAAGAUAUAAAUGGUAACCAAGCGCAUCUCAAACCUCCUUCACAUGAUGGAUCACCAAACCCAUUGCCAACCACUGAGCAACAGAGCAUCCCUAAUACGCAUGCAGUUCCACCUGCUGUUGCCGAAAGGGCCUCCUCCAAUUCCUCUGUAGCUGUGCCCCAGCAAAUUCCCUCUUGGCUUGGUUUGAUGAUUUCAUUAGUACUGCUAGUAUUCUUUUUGCCAGUCACCUAAUUAAAUCCCUUCUUGACUUGUAAAUCCUAUCCACUCUUUACAAGCUUCUAAACUCAAUGAAAUUUGCGUUUUCUUUAGGUUAUUGUAUUGAUUGGGGGUUGAUGUGAUAGUCAUAGUCACCUGUUUUAGUUAUCUACUUUUGGUCUAUAGGUGUCUUUUGCUUUUGAUUAUGUAAUGUUUAAAUGUUGCUGUUAGUACAAAGUUAUUUUGAGAUGCCUCAAAUUUGAUCA